CUUGUCAAGCUAGGAUUGGUUGAAAGCAGCAUUAACGUUUGAAGACGACGGAAGGUGCAGUGCACAGUCUCAGCGUUUCAGAGCAGAGACACGAAGAUGGAGAUAAUUCACGCUGUCCAUGUUUUGGCCAAGUCGCUGCUGAUUGUGCUGCUGUGGUCGGACUGUGAGGGAAGAGAUUCGGAGCUCGACUAUGUGACCUGCGGCUCACUGGUCAAACUGCUCAACACUAGACACAACGUCCGCCUCCACUCCCAUGAUGUCAAAUAUGGCUCAGGCAGUGGACAGCAGUCUGUGACUGGAGUGGAGAAUGCAGAUGAUGCCAACAGUUACUGGCAGAUUCGGGGGAAGCCCAACCUUCCGUGUCAACGCGGGGCUGCCAUAAAGUGUGGUCAGGCCAUCCGCAUCACACACAUGAAGACUGGACGAAACCUCCACACACACCACUUCAGUUCACCUCUGUCUAAUAACCAGGAGGUCAGUGCCUUCGGAGAGAACGGCGAAGGCGACGACCUGGACGUGUGGGCAGUGCAGUGCGACGGCACCUACUGGGAGCGCGAUGAGGCUGUGCGCUUCAAACAUGUGGGCACAGACGCCUUUCUAAGUGUGACAGGAGAGCAGUAUGGCCACCCCAUCCGUGGCCAGCGCGAGGUGCAUGGCAUGAGCUCUCCCAACCAGCACAACUGGUGGCGUUCCAUGGAGGGUGUGUUCAUUCAGCCCAACAUGGAGCCACUGCACCAUGAUGAGCUCUGAUCAUCACAUGAAGACAGAAAGCAUGUUGGUUCCUGUUUAUAUAGCUCACUUGGACCAAAUGUGUGAAUGAUAGAAUAGAAUACUUGGCUGAUGACUCAUCUCUAUACAUGUGAAGCAGUGUUCUGAGAUGAGUAAGAUGAUGCUAACAGCUUGACUAAGGUCAGAGACACUGUAAAGUCCUGGUCAGAAGUUCACAUCCACUCAUAAAGAACAUGUACAACAUGUCAGUCUUCAGUUCCAGUGAUUUCUACAGCUCUCAUGUUUCUGUGAUGAAUGAGUGGAAUACAGACUACUUUGUCACUAAAACAUUCAUAAAUUCUGCUCUUAAAGCUGAAUUUAUUAUAGGUGUUAAGAAUUUGUGUUCCUCUUAUUCAUCACAGAAACAUGAGAACUGUAGAAACCAGUUGAACUUUAGAAUACUGUGAUAUAUGCAUGUUCUUUAACAGUGUUUGGAAACUUUUCACCACAACUGUGUGUAGUGUGGUCUAAUGGUCAGAUGAGGGAGAAAAUACUCUUUUGUAAGAAAACAAAAAAAAAACAACAACGUUUAGCAACUACAUGGGGCCACCAGGGGCUCAUAAAGAGCAAAUUUAUUGAAAUGUAAUUGAAUGGUCAGAUAAGGGAGAAAAUACUCUUUUGUAAAAACAAAACAAAACAAAAAAAACAAGGUUCACCGACUGGGUAUAGCAACUACAUGGGGCCACCAGGGGCCCAGAAAGAGCAAAUUUAUUGAAAUGUAAUUGAAUCAGUUUUGUCCAGAAAUAUAAAAGCCAAAGAGCAAUAUCAGUUGAAAUAUUGAUUGGCAAUGAUGACAGUGAUUGUUGUAAGACAGGUGUCAGUGUCCACAGUCAACUGUGUUUUACAUCAUCAUGGGCUGAGAGGCUGCUGUGCAAGAAAGAAGCCUUAGUUUCCAAUAAUAAUUGAAUCAUGAAAGACUAUAAAAAUGAGGAAGCCUUUUCCCUGUAACCACUGGCAUAACAGAGAACCAUUAUCCCUAGACUCCUGUCAUGAAGAUACUGAUUGGCUUCACAUGUUCUUCCUUUAGAAGUGAGUGAGAGAAAUGGGCAGAAUACAUCUGUAUGUAUGAUGCAGAGUUAUUAGGUAAUAUAUCUUUUUGUGGCUUUAAAAGAUUAAUAAGUGUCUUUGACAAUGGUGAAACAAAGUGAACUUUCUUUUAGUGCCAUACCACGGCACAAUGACUCAAGUCAUCCUCAGAAAAUGUUUCAUAACCAGUUAAAAGUUGUUGUACAUUCAAAUCAUACUUGAUUGUAAUCAAAGCCAGAUUUGGAUUUUCCUUGCUGAGCAAUAAACAGCUGUGAAGCUAGUUUCAUCCUUUUGGCAAUUGUUCCCACUGGGAAUGGACCAGUCAGAGACUGGUGGGCCUCAUGUGUCAGAGGCUCAGACUCAUCAUCCUAACAGCCUCCAGAACAAUGAUCCCAUCCAUUAUGGUUAUGUGAUAGAUUCUUCAUGUUUUUCAUGCUCUAUAUUAGUGUGACAAUAAUACUUUUAUUUAUUUUAUGAUGAAUAUGUGAAAGGAGGAGAUGUACAUACUUUUUAAAAUUGGUGCCUCUUAGUUGUCUGUUUUUUUAUUUUUGUAUGUUGGGUCCUUUUUUAAAUUGUGUUUGGUGAACUGUAAAAGGUUUGUUUUUUAAAAAGAAAAAAAAAGUUUUAUAUACGUUGACUGCCACUUGAAUGCAUAGCAGGAUAAGUCUGGGUGGGUAAAGUGAACAGAAGCUCUUGCCCCUCCCAAAUGAGGUUCCCUUGUGCGAGGCACAGAGGGGCAGUCAACCCCCACUGCUUUAGUGGAGCUGCUGUAUGGUUGGCAGAUCAGACUGUGUUUCUACUGAGCAACUUCCAGGUGUAAGUGUGUAACUGUGAAUUUGAUCAGGGUGUUCCUGAAAAAGAGACUGUUUUCUAAACAAAAGAAUAAAACACACCUGUCCUCUGACCAGAAGCAGGUGUUAUAUUGCC